AUGCAACGUUCACGUUUUACUACAGAUGCACCAAUAACCUCUGCAUCAUCAACUUCAAAUUCGUCAAUUGGCAGCACUACUACAACUACAGCAUCAUUAAAUGCCUAUUUUUCAAAUGUAGAGGAAGAAUUAAAUAAAAAACUUGAUAAUGAAAUUGACCAAUUUGUUGUUUCGUUUCGUGAUAUUGUAAAAGGUUCAGGUAUCCGUGAAUCUAUUAGAGUACCUGGUAGAGAUACUGACAAAUCAGUUGAAAAAGAUAAAUAUAAAAAUGCAUUGGAUGGACUGGUAGAUGAAUUACGUGCAGCAAACAUGGUUCGAUGUUGUGAAAGUCUAUUGAGUUUGACACAUGAUUUAAAAACAACACUUUUAUUAAAUGAUACUCAAACUUUAUUAAAAUUGCGAGAAAAUCGUAAAAAUGAUUUACUUUCUCAAACUCAAAAGAUAAAAAACAAAGUACUGCAGCUUAAUGAAGCUGUCACACAAGCAAUUUGGGAAAUGGAAAGUGUAUUAGGAGGAGAAGGUGGCAGCAAUCAACAACUUGAUCCAAGUAAAAUGUAG